AUGAUACGCACUCCAAUGUUCUCUAGAGCUUGUCAUUGCGAAGCUUAUGCUGUGGGGUUCCUUACAAUAUUCACAUUUUCUAUUAUAAAAGCCGGCUUUUUGCUCUGCUGACAUGCCAAAUUUUAGCCUUUUGAGGUGAAAAAUUUAGAUUACUUUAGUAGUAACAGUAAAUUGGGAACUUCCCAGUUGAAAAAUCAAAAAAUUCUCCGAAAAGUUAUACAGUAAUCGCAAGUUUACCUCAAAAUUAUCAGAUUACCGCUCCAAUAUUUUCAGACCUACCUGGCCGUGGUCCCAUGGAAAGGCCUCGAUCAAUUCCACUGCCGGAUCAUCCCCUCCGAACAUUAUACCUCCCAAGUUACAGUUGAUGAGGACGUUUUCGCGGAGCUCCGACUCUGGCGAAAAGGUCUGGUCGCGAUGUUCAGAGCCCAAGAUGACGAGGAUUGUGUGUUCAUCGAGACCGCGAAGAAUGUGAAGAACACUUUGCACAUGAAUAUUGAGUGCAUCCCAUUGCCGAGAGAGUCGGGAGAUCUGGCUCCCAUCUACUUUAAGGUGAGAUUUUGAAAAUUUUUGGGGAUUUUUUGAAUUUUUAGGAGUUGGAAAAGUUGUAUCAGACCUUUAGAUGGAUGGUAAAAUAGGAAAAUUAUAUUGAUUUGAAAAAAAAAUUCGUGAAAUUUUUUUGAACAAGCAGAUUACCUUAUUUUAGGUGAAUUUUGAUAGAAAAUGUAUUCCAAAUUCCGGUUUUUUAUUGAAAAAUGUGUUUUUGAACCUUGUAAGGUACGAUCGAAUGUCUAGAACCUAAAAUUUUGUGAAAAAUUUUUUAAAAAUUACCUUAUUUUAGGUGAAUUUUUGAUAAAAAAACGAAAUUAAAACUCCGAUUUUUCAAAAUAAUAUAUGAAUUUAAAGGUAAAAUACGUGCUUCAGGCUUGAUAAGCAAUUAUUUACGAUAAAAAAAUUUGAAUUUUCGUUUUUUUCACCUUCUUUUUGACCUAAAACAAUAUAAUUUUGGGAAAAAUGGCUAAUAAAAAAGAAUAAAGUUGGGGUAAAAAGACGGAGUAGAUAAUUUCGCACCUUUAGCAAGCCCUAGAACAAGCUGGCGAGCGAUGGGGCACCCAUCGGAAGAUCAUCAACUUGGCCGACACCAAAGAAAAGAGCGUCCGCAGAGCAAUUCCCCCCGGAUUUUCCUACUUUGCCAUCGAUUUUGGCCUCCAACCCGGCUAUGCGCAUGUAAUUGAGAACGAAGACACAUUCCCAGCGCAUUUUGCACAGGUAAUUUAUAUAUUUUUUAUACUAUUUUAGAUCAAAUUUGACAUGGAUAAUAAGAUAAUAUAAAAAUUUUUAAAUUUGGUCUCUAGACUAAUGAAAUUGUGAUUUUUUUAGGAGAUUAUCGCCGGCAUGCUCGAUUUGGACCACAAAUUGUGGAGGAGACCGGAAAAAGAGACACUAGAAACACUAAAACAGAAAAGAGACGCCUUCCGAGAGCGAUGGGCCGCCUUUGAUUGGACUGAAACUGCCAGACAGAGAGUCAAUGAGGCCGGAGGAAGUCAGGAAGAAUAA